UAUUGUAUCAGUGUACGGUUGGGAUUGUCACUCAUUAAGCCUAUUGCGUUUUAACGCGCAUAUAACCCUUCUGAUUUAUCUUAGGUCCACAGCAUCGCUUUGUCUAUUCACGAACGGAGCUAGGCUGUGAUUCUCAAACUUUAUUGGGACAAUUCGUAUGUUUUACAUGAGAAAAUCUCACGGUAUAUCACCAAAUACAAACAAUAGUUGGAUACUGCAUGCUGAAAUAAUCAUUAGCUCGUCUCAGUUUACUCACACAAGUACUGACCUGUGUCUGCCAUGACUUAUUCUUUUGAAUGAAUGGGAUAAAUUAUGUACCCCCAACCAUCUAGUGGGAGAAUAUUUAAUUGUACUACUUGUCAUGAUACAUCACUGACAUGGAUAGAUGAACAACGGUGCAUUUAUGUGUGUGCCAGGUGCCGGUGGCAGAGGGGAAGAGCGUGCAGCAGACUGUGGAUAUGGUGCACAAGAAACUAGAGCAGCUGGGAGCUGUGAAACAAGGCAGCUUCUGUGUCGACUGUGAGACGUACCAUGCGACUGGAACUGUCAGUGGCCAACCUUCCAAACUCUUAUAUGUGAUGCACAAUUCUGAAACCCCCCUAAGCUGCCUGGCUCUGUUUGAGAACGGGCCAUGCUUGGUAGCUGACGCAAACUUUGACGUGCUUAUGGUGAAGCUAAAGAGCCACUUCCAGAAUGCCAAAGGCCACAAAGUGGAGUGCCGGGGGUCACGAUACCGCUACUGCGACUUCCUGAUCAAAGUUGGCACAGUGACCAUGAGCUCAAGUGCCAGAGGAAUAUCAGUAGAAGUGGAAUAUUGUCCCUGUGUGGUUCCGGGGGACUGUUGGAAUCUAAUGAAGGAGUUUAUGCAGUCAUUCUUGGGCCCCAGUGUCCCAGACCUGCCAUCUGCCUUUGCUGCCAAGCCUGAAGGCAUUUUUGCACCGGCCGACUGCGUUGACACCAUGACACAGUACCUGGAGUUGUUCAACAAACUGCGUAAACUUCAAAUUCAAGGGAAUAAUGUGCGUUGAAUUGCCAUCCCUGAUUUUGAAUAUUCCUAAUAAUGUUCAUCAAUUCUGUCCUGCGGCUCAAGUUACCAUCCUGGAAUCCAAGAAAGCCUGGACUUUUAUUUUUAUUGCUGAAGCCUUACAUCAUGUGUAAACCCUUUUGAUGGGUGUGUCUUGUAUUAAAAAAAAAAAAAACACUGGAGAAGAACAAAAUCAGAAA